AUGCUCGUUCGCUCUGCAGGCCGGAGACACCAGCGACGGACUUCGCAACUGCUUUCCACCUCCUUUGCACAACUCAACCUUCCAUGGCUCGCGCCCGCCCAACUACGAUGGACCGCAUCACAAACCUCACUCUCACCACGACAACGGUCACCGUCACGAACGCGAAAGCUGUCGAGAAUCUCCGAAAAUCGCCCCCAAGCGCGAAAUCUUGCCACCGCGGCCGAUCUUUACAGUCUACGUCAAGACAGCCAUUUGCCUCCAUUGAGCUAUAGCAAUGGCUUUCGCAAUGUUGAGCAAGACAAACACAUUCCCUUUGAUUUCGGGGCACGAAUGCCGACGCAAUUCCCAGACCUUCGAGCGAGACACGAUCCAGUCGUUAUCGACACCUCCACAGCAAAACCAGACGAGCUCAUCAAAGUGUCCCCUGGCAUCAAUGGCACAGUCAGGGAACUGCUCACACACCUGCACACAAGUCUCAGCGUAGGGCGGAGGGAUCGAGCAGAGGCCAUCAUCCAGCGGUUGGUGGAGAAGCGCGGCCCCGACGCCCCAGAGUCAACAUAUGCACAUACAGCGUUACUGGAGGACUUGCUGAAAGACUUGGCAAGCCAUGGCAGGGACUCGCCUCAAUCGCAGCUUGUGCUGAAAGAGAUGUCAAAGUGGUUCGAGGUCGAAAUUAGAAACAAGGGUGUACAACUGGACACCAAGAUCCUUGUUGUCAUGGUCCGCGCAGCCAUCAGGUCUCUGGACGGAUCGCGACAGGAUCGUUCGAUACGGAGGUAUGUCGAUCUGGCCAAGCCAAUGGGUGAGGAUGCGGUGGAAGAAGUGCUAGAGUCGGAAGACUACGAUGACAACGAAUACGUCGUGCUCGAGAAGGCAAGACACGAGUUCUACGCGGAGCCUGUGGCGAUGGAAGAUGAGGUCGCGGCAGAGGCGGCAAUGCUCACGGAGUCUGGACAGCACCUGAGAAGAGAAGACAUCAUCGACAUGGAGAGCGUGCCUGAAGUGCGAGCGACAGAGCAGAAAGGAACCGGACUUGCUGGCAUCAAGCGCGCUAUGGAGACAUUCACGGCCAUUCCAGACCUCCCUGCGGAAGCUUCUGCGGAAGCGCACCGAAAGCAGGCGCAUGCGAGGCAGGAGCGAUUGGAGAAGACAUCUGUGGAUAUUGCAAUCGAUCGUUGGCGCAAAGCCGACGAGGAUCUCAAGAAAAUUGGGAUACACACCUCCAUGCAAAGCAGGCCGAUCGGGGCUUUGAUGUGGCAAUGGUACAACAGCCUGCUUCCGGCGCUUGAGACUGAGCUGGAAGAGGUGAGGAAGACCUUGGGAGAAUCCGUCAUGGGAACACCCGGCGAGCACGACCGACAUGCAUACGGGCCAUACUUGGAGUUGCUUCCACUGAAAAAGGUGGCGGCCAACACUAUUCUGUUCACGAUGGCAGAAAUGGCCAAGGGUAAGAGUCAGGGUGAUAUUUGGAAAGAACAGGAAGCUACACUCUCAUCAAUCACGCUUGGACUCGCCAACGCUAUUGAAGACGAGUGUACAGCCGAGGCGUCGUCGAAGCAGCAAGGACGCAAUCGCGUGCAGAAUGCUCGAAAUCCUGCUCGGCUUCGCAAACAAGCACUACGAUCACUCAAGGCAGCUGAGAGUGCAGAGGCAUCAUCGAAGAAGAAGAAGGGCAGGUCGAAGCAGACUAACCAGCAAAUUCUGGCUCAGCUUGAAUGGCCCACGCCGAUGAAGGCCAAGCUAGGUGCCAUGCUCGCUUCAAAGCUCAUCGAGACAGCCCAGCUCCCAGUGACUAGAGAACACCCUCGGACGAAACAGAAGAUUACACAGAUGCAGCCAGCAUUCCUGCAUCGCAUGAAGUGGCAGAAAGGCAAAAGGAUUGGCGUCAUAACUCCGAAUCCUGCGCUGCUUGUGAAGAUGCAGAGCGAACCUGUCGGAAGCUUGAUCGCGAAGCGUAUGCCAAUGGUCGUCGAGCCGAAGCCAUGGCAAGGCUGGAAAGAUGGCGGGUACCUUCACUACUCGAACAAUAUUCUCAGACUUCCUGCUGGAGACAAGACGGGUAAAGAUUAUUUCAUGGCCGCUGAUCGCAGGAAAGAGCUCGACGCAGUCUACAGGGGACUUACUGCUCUAUCCAAGGUUCCCUGGAAGGUCAACCAUGACGUGUUCAAGGUCCAGCUCGAGGCAUGGAAUUCUGGUGAUCCCAUCGCUAACUUUGCGCCUCUGCAUCCGGCCAUUUCCCACCCACCAGAGCCUGUUUCAUCAGAUGGCAGUGCACGGCGAAAGUGGCUCAACGAGAUCAAGGAGCUGGAAAACAAGAAGAGUGGUCUGCAUUCAAAACGGUGUUUCCAGAACUUUCAGCUGGAAAUUGCCAGGACGGUCCUCAACGAGACAUUGUAUUUCCCUCACAACAUGGACUUCCGCGGCCGAGCAUAUCCGAUACCUCCUUAUCUGAAUCACAUGGGUGCGGACAACGUCAGAGGCCUCUUGACCUUCGCUGAGGGGAGAGAGCUCGGUGAGAAUGGUUUGAGAUGGCUCAAGAUCCACCUAGCGACUGUGGCUGGCCAUGACAAAGCCUCGAUGGCGGAGCGUGUCGCUUUCACUGAAGAACACAUCGAUGACAUCUACGAUUCUGUGCGCAACCCGCUCGAUGGUCGCAAAUGGUGGUUGAAUGCCGAGGAUGCUUGGCAGACUCUGGCCGCUUGCUUCGAACUCACGAAGGCGCUGGAUUCCCCAGAUCCCACCAAGUUUGUCUCGUACCUGCCGGUACAGCAGGAUGGGACAUGCAACGGGUUGCAGCAUUAUGCUGCACUUGGUGGUGACAUGGCUGGCGCAAAGCAAGUCAACCUAGAGCCCAGUGACCGUCCUGCAGAUGUCUACACUGCCGUUGCCGAUGCAGUUAAGGAGGAAGUCGAGAAAGACGCAGCUGCAGGCAACGCCAUUGCGCAAAGGCUUCAAGGACGCCUGACACGAAAGUGUGUCAAGCAGCCCGUGAUGACGAACGUCUAUGGAGUGACUUUUUUCGGCGCCAGAGCUCAAGUGAGAAAGCAGCUCGAGGAUCUCUUUCCAGAGGUCCGCUCAGAUGACACUGUCAACUACGGCAACAUGUCUCACUAUGUUGCAACGAAGAUCUUCAAGUCCCUAGGGACGAUGUUCACUGGAGCGCAAGCCAUCCAGAACUGGCUUGGCCAAUGUGCUGACCGAGUAUCCACCUGCCUCACUCCGGAGCAAAUAGAGCAGCUGAAGAAAAAGGCAGGUGCAAUAGCCCCUGAGCCGGUCAGGAAGAAGAAAGCCCCCAAGAAGGAACGUGAAGCCGAGGCCGCUGCAGCGGCGGCGGCCGCAGCGGAGGCCGCAGAGGCAGAGGACGCGGACGGGAAGUCACCUAAAGCGAGGGUCACCACCAACAGAGAGGCAGAUCGAUAUGCCGCAGCCAAACCCCUCUUCAAGUCUACCGUUGUCUGGACCACGCCGCUUCGCCUACCUGUGGUGCAGCCAUAUCGCAAGUCGAAAUCACGCAUCGUCACAACCAGCAUGCAGACCUUAUCACUGCAGGAGCCUCAAGUCUGGGAUCCAGUCAGCAAGCGCAAGCAGCUGCAAGCUUUCCCACCAAACUUCAUCCACUCGCUCGACGCCACACACAUGUUGCUUAGCGCACUCAAGUGCAGCGAGAAUGGCAUGACGUUUGCCAUGAUCCACGAUUCUUUCUGGACCCACGCUUGCGACGUCAAUCGCAUGAAUGAGAUUUUGCGAGAUGCUUUCAUUGUCAUGCACAGCGAAGACAUUAUCGGCAGACUCCGAGAGGAGUUCGAGACGAGGUACAAGGGCUGCAUGUACCUGGCUUCCGUCAAUUCUGCAAGCCCUGUGGGCAAGAAGAUCACGGAGCUGCGCGCGAAGAUGAAGAAGGAGAAGACUGUCAAGGCACAGUCAAACGAGCUUGGCCUCGAAGCCGAGCGCAUGCGUCUUGUCAACAGCGAAGAUCCAGAGGAGAAAGCCCAAGGCGAGGCAAUGUUGACGCCUGGCAGCCUCGUCCUGUCAGAACUGGAUGAGAGCGCAUUUACCGCUCCGUCUGAGAUGAACGGUCAGCGACUUGGCGAGAUGCCUGCCAGCGCCGCCGAUGUCGAGGCCACCAAUUUCGAUGCCGAUGAGUCUAUGCUAGCGAUGAGCGACUCGCCUGCCGACGAACUUGACCGAGCAGAGUCUGACGAGCCUGAAAGCCUGGAAGCUUCCGCGGACGAAGCAGACAAUGACAUUCCAGCCGCCGCACCCGUGGCAGGUACCCCGAAGACCAAGGCCAAGGUUACGCGGAAGCUUUUCGUCUGGCUACCUCUGACGUUCCCGGAGGUGCCUGAGAAGGGAGACUUUGAUGUGCAGAGAUUACGGCAAAGUCGUUAUUUCUUCCACUGA